UGUUUAUUCUGUGUAUUAAGGCUCCCUUGAACAGAGGGGCAAAGUCUGAACUUGAAACCAUCUUCCAGGCACAGACGCAACUCCUUCUGUGGGCUUUUUCCUGAUUCUGUGCUUAGCAGAGGAAAAUCCUGUGUUUGUUCUAUCAAACAAUCUAUUACCACAACAAUUCAGAAGGAUCUGAAUUCAGAAUGGAAGAUCGCUUCGGCUGUAGGAAUGGUGCUUUUUGCGAUGAAACUGGAACCCACUUCAACAGAGCCAACAGUAUGUCCAGGCCAAGCGGCAAAGCCAUUUACCGCCAAAGAAAGGAAUACAGUGUUGCUAUGAUGAAGCCUGAGCAUGACUUUCAGCAUCGGGUAGAGCACCUUCUGACUUGUAAUGUUGAUGGCAAAGAAAUCAACAAUGCAGAGAGCUGUAUUGAGCGACUGAAGAUGAUGGAUGCCCAAAGCCAAGUGUGGGGUCAAGACAUGUUUUUGCAGAUCAAGGAGUACAAGUUGUUGCUGACAGACAUAGAAGCUGAGGAAGAGCUGGAUUGCUACCCCUUGGAAGAUAUCCAGGAAUGUGUCUCCAUCCUUAACAGUUGUGUUUACAACUCCAUCUUGGCCAUUUCUGUGAAAGAACUGAACCAGCACAAGACUAGUAUCCUGCUCUUUCAGUGCCAGCAGAUUGGAGCUGACCUGUUGAAAACCAAAAUACAGAAAGCUAUUGAGGAAUGGAAAAGUGAACAGCAGAAUCAUGAUAUGCUCAGGAUGAACUUGGAGCACAUGUUGUAUCAGCAGAGCAGAGCACCUCACACUGGGAACCCCCAAUGGAUUCCUCAGGAUUCUCCUUGGGAGAGGCAGGAGCAACAACCUUGGAAAACAGAGGCACCCUACAUGGAUUACAAUGAAGCUGAACAGCCAUUUGGCCAGCAGCGGAAGUAUGAACUACAACAGGAAGAUCCUGAGCUCUCCCUGAUGAUGCAGGAUAAAUAUAUAGAAACUGAGAUCCUGAACCAUCUUCUAGAUGAUGUAGAAUCCUUUGUAAGAAAACUGCAGAAGAACAAUUCCCUGAGUGACAAGAAGAAAAAGAAAAAGAAAAAGGAAAAUUAUAGCAAUGAAGCAGCAUUGCCCUCAAGAUCUGAGUUUGAAGAUUGCUUCCAGAAGAUCAAAUACAGCUUCAAUUUGCUGGGGAAGCAUGAACAAGCCAUACAGCAGCCAAGUGUUCUGGAAUUGAUCAAACUCGUCUUCUCCACUCUGACAACUAUUGUGUCCAGAUGUCCCUGGACGAACCUGGCCUCUACAGUAGCCUCACCAUUGCUGACACCUGCAGCUAUUAACCUGCUCAAGCGCUCCUUGAAUUAUGAUGAGCAGAUUAUUUGGAAGAAUUUGGGAACUGCUUGGAAUCUAACUAGUGAAGACUAUCCGAAGGAACUAUCCCUCCCUCCCUAUAUACCCACAUUUUCAGAUGGAUGGGUGCCUCCCAGGUCCACUUGGAGAUCCAAUGAUAUGGCUAAGGGAAAUGGAACCCAGAAUAAUUCCUCAGAUGGGGCAUCCAAUCCUCCCCAAUUCAUGCAAGCCACGUAUGAUUUCCAUGCACGGAACGCCCAAGAGCUCACUGUAAGGAAAGGAGACCUACUAGAGGUUUUGGACAAAAGAAAAAGAUGGUGGCUUGCCAGAAAUGCCAUGGGGAAGAAAGGCUAUAUUCCUAAUAAUAUUGUGGAACCUAAGGAUCAGACGUCUAGAGAAAACAAUGCAGAGCAAGUUUCAACAGGUUUCACUGAUCUCCAACCAAGUUCAUCACCAGCAGAAGUCACAGUUUGGCUCAGGACAAAAGGUUUUUCCAAGAUCACAGUUAAAUCCCUUGGCAUCUUAAAUGGAAGACAACUACUGUCAAUGAGCCAAGAAGAACUGAAAAUGGUCUGCCCAGAUGAGGGAAGAAAAGUAUUUUCAAUGCUUGCAGGAAUUAAAGCCCCAAUGCAGUAAUGGUCCUCGGCAUUAGCUUUUGCAGACCUCCCAACCCAUUCCAUCAUUUACUUCUAAGAGAUCAUCAAUGGCUCUUCUCUUCAUUGGUUUUGAUGAAAAUGUUAGCUGCAUGGCAGUUUAUUUUCCAAUUAGUUUGUAAUUGCUGUGUUUGUUAAGAUUAGCCUUUAAAAGGGCUUUGAGAUACUUCUGUAAAUGCUGUAACCAAGUAACACGCUAACCAUUUUUGAAUGAUCUCAGGAACAUGUGUGAAGGGCUGCAGUCACAGUAGAGAUACACUCUUCUAUCAUUGGGCUAUAGCUUUCAGAUGGGGACAAAAUUUGCAGGGAUCAGAUUCUUGCAGCCUGGCCUUACCACAGUCCACGCCUCUAAUUUUUGAGCGGGGAAAGAGACUAUAUCAGUAAGAUAGCUAUGAAGGAUGGAUCCUUCAGAUCUUAGAACUUUAAAAGGAUAGCUUUGGGGAAGCCAAGACGUUCUGAAUAAUGAGCCUGAUUUGGAAAUACUCUAAACGUACCUUCUCCAAGUGAGGGUGAUUGGGGGAGGGGAAAAAGAUUAAAAGUAUAAAAAGACUAUAUUAAUAGGCACUCCAUCCCCAAAUCUGUAUUUAAGGCACACAUUAAUAGAUUCAGAAAACAACACAGUACAUGAAUUGGUCUUUUCCCAAGGAUUCAUUAUCCAUUUAAUGAAAAUGUCCAACGAGCCAAUUAUUUUCAACCUCACCCCAACCAUGUAAGAGCGGCUCACACCUAAGCAGAUUCUAUUUGGAUAAUGUCUAAGAGUAUUCCCCUAGUUUCCAACUUUCACCAGUUAUUUCCACACAUAGCUCAGGACAAGAAAAUUAGGUUGCUUGGAAAUAGAAGACCGCCAGUGUGCUGCAAUUCUUACACAUGCAUGGACUGCUCAUUCCUUGUGAUGCUUUUUCACACUUCUGGAUUAGAAAGGAAGAAAAGGAUUUUAUGUAUUUACUGUAUAUAUUAGGGUCCCAGUACACCAUUUUAGGUGUACUUUCUAAUUGUCCAUUUGUCAAGUUAAAAAUAUUUUCACUGAUUCAUGUUAAGAACAGAACACAGUGGGAAGAAGUCAGACAGAAAAAUGAGGUUAUUGUUUUAAAAAGAAUCAGUGAAACUCCCUUCUAUGGAAGUAACUGUUUUCAAUUAAUUCCAGAUUGUGCACAUGUAUUCAUGUGAGAUUUCUCCCAGGAUUUGAAGCUGGCAUUUAACUCACAUUACAGUUUGUAAAUUUUGGGUUUGCAAAAAUAUUGGACAGUUGACUCAUGAUUCAAUUUUCAGGAACAUGCUUUAAGUAAAUCAGAAUGCAUAGUUUUUUGAUAGUGCUAACGCUAAUCUAACUUAUUGUUAUUUUGUUAAUCAAGUUGUUUAUUUAAAUAUUUCUUGUAUGAAAUGGAAAAUAAAAUUAGUAGCCUUUUA